UAAUUGGAAAGGGAGAUUCCGAUGUAUAUUUACGUAAUUUUCCGAAGAAAUAUCCUGGUUCCUGAUAAGGAUCCUCCCGCGAUCGGAAAUUCGGGAUUCUGAAGUCGAAGAAGAAGAAGAAGCAUCUUAUCCUUCUCGUAGGAGCUGCUAGUGACCGAAUAACUCUGUUAUUAAGUCUGAACUGUUCCUCGCCGCUCGCGUCUGUCUCCCGUUCCGUUCCCUUUGCCCACUUCCGCAUUACUGCCUACUUCGGUACGUCGCUACUGCACUGGUCGAUAGUCUAUUUAAGCGAGAGUGUCAAGAAAAAGACAGAGAAAAGAAAGAACGAUUCUGUUACUCUAUAGCCAUGCUUGCCAAUGGCAUCGGAACUCCACUUAACUUCAGAGGAAACCCCUCCCAAACCCCCCAUGGUCUUUGCCACAACUUCUUUUGCUCGAUAUCCAUUGGACGUGGUAGUGACAGUGGUUGCCGUUGCUACGAUUCCAGUCGUCAUCGGAGGAAUCCGACAUGUACAAAACAGAGAGUUUGCAUUAGGGCUGGAUACACUCGAAAGGCUAUGCAAACCCCAGGAGCUUAUCAACUAGUUGACGAUGAGACCGGGGAGAAGUUCAUUGUCUGGGGAGGCAUUGGCGAAGACUCCCCAAUUCCUUCCAAAGAAGUUCUCUCCUGGAAGCCCAUAACGCUCUCCGGAUCCUAUACGCAGGAAAACAAGACUGAUAGCAAUGGAACAGGUGAGUCGCGAGACAAAGUAUUCACUUCAUCUGUUUCCCGUUCGGAAUUUCUUCUUGAUAACCUAGCUCCUAUGCUCUCAACUUCCUCCUAUCGUACUGCAGAGUCUGGGAGUGGCGAAGAAUCCACCGCAUGUGUCGGGGGUUCAACUGGGAGUUUUGGUAGACUAAAAGCCCAACGAGUGAGACUAAUGAUUAGGAAAUCUUCUAGGAGUAAGCAAGGAAACGCGCAAGACGCUACUGAUAAAUUAGGCCCGGAAGGUUCUCCUCUGAAUGUUUCUGAUGCGUCAUAUUCAGAUUUGGAGUAUGAAUUAGUCCCAACAAGAACAAAUCCGGGUUUUCGUGCGCGGGGGGGAGGUAGAUAUUCAAGAGCUUGCCCACCACGGGAUAUAAAAAAUACAGGUCGAGGCACCGAUGAAAUUAUGAACACUAACUGUUCCAGUGUAGUUCCUGAACAAGUUUUGCGAGAUCGAAGGACACUCUCACAACCUCAUAGGCUUGACUUUGGAGGGGCCAAACCGUAUAAUUCAGUUCCACGAGCUGCUGCUGCUUCCUUGAGAGGAUGGAAUAAAGGUGAGCCAACCACAAAACUUCCGGUUGGCUCAACGAACCUUUCGAGGAAGCACCACAAAAUGUCGGUUGAUGGUGGUUUUUUCAGCAGAGAGUCUUUCCGAGAGAUGGGUUGCAGUGACUAUAUGAUUGAAUCUCUUAGGGGUCUAAACAUCUUUCGCCCUUCACAUAUUCAGGCAAUGUCAUUUGUUCCUGUCAUUAAGAGGAUGAGUUGCAUUAUAGCUGACCAAAGUGGGUCCGGAAAGACAUUAGCAUAUCUUGCACCGGUGGUACAGUGUCUUAGGCAGGAAGAACUUCAAGGUCUUAGUAAAUCCUCACCAAGGAGUCCACGAGUUGUGGUACUGGUACCAACCUCUGAAUUGGCUUCUCAGGUGUUGCAAAUUUGUAGAUCCAUGUCUAAAGUCGGUGUCCCUUUCCGGUCCAUUGUUACAACUGGUGGUUUCUCACAGAGAACUCAACUGGAAUAUCUUCAGCAAGGUUUAGAUGUUCUUGUUGCAACACCUGGCCGUUUUAUUUUUCUACUUAAAGAAGGCUUCUUGCAGUUGGCAAAUCUUAAAUGUGCUGUUUUGGAUGAGGUCGAUAUACUUUUCAGUGAUGAAGACUUUGAACAAGUGCUGCAAGGCUUAAUCAAUUCUGCGCCUGUGACAACGCAAUAUCUUUUCGUGACUGCAACUUUACCAGUGGACAUAUACAACAAGCUGGUUGAAGUUUUUCCUGAUUGUGAAGUUAUCAUGGGACCUGGCAUGCACUGUACAAGCUCUGGGCUUGAAGAGGUUAUUGUAGAUUGCAGUGGAGGUGAUGGGAUUGAGAGAAGUCCCGAUACGGCAUUCCUUAAUAAGAAAUCUGCUCUCUUGGAGCUUGUAGAGCAAAGUCCGGUUUCAAAAACUAUUAUUUUCUGUAACAAGAUUGAAACAUGCAGAAAAGUUGAGAAUGUAUUAAAACGCUUUGAUAGAAAAGGGCAUAGUCUCCGAGUGUUGCCAUUCCAUGCGGCUUUGACACAAGAAUUGCGUCUUGAAAAUAUGGAGGAAUUUUUAAAUUCCCAGUCCAACGAUUCUCUGUUUUUGAUUUGCACAGAUAGAGCAUCACGGGGUAUUGACUUUGCUGGUGUGGAUCAUGUUGUUCUUUUCGACUUCCCUAGGGAUCCAAGUGAGUAUGUUCGGCGUGUUGGAAGAACUGCUAGAGGUGCUGGAGGAAAAGGGAAGGCAUUUAUUUUUGUGGUUGGCAAGCAGGUUUCUCUUGCACGAAGGAUUAUAGAAAGGAACAGAAAGGGCCACCCACUACACGAUGUCCCAUCAGCAUAUGAAUUGGUGAGCUAGAGAGCACGUUCUCAAACAGCAAGCUCUUCUUUCUUAUCCAUGAAUCCAUUUGUCCUGCUAGUGUAAAACUAAUCCCAUCCUGCAAGUAGAAGGGAAACAGGUGAUUCUCACUCACCUUGUCUACUCUUUCAGGAUUUCUAUUAGUUUGUAAAUUUGAAGAAUCAUUGCUAGCACUAGAUUUGGCAGCCUACUA